GAGAGCACCGCCACUUGCACUUGUGUGUCUCGAGCUCCCAUUGUUCGACUCGGGGAGAUCGGCUCGAAGGCCGAUCGCGUUCGCUCGCUCGCACGAUCAGCUAAUUUUGCGCUAUCAACGUUAUCGAACGCCGCCACCGCCGUCGUCAUUUGUGUGUCGUGUCGUAUUUCGGUGUUUCGAAUUCGUGUGUUUGUCGAGAAUUCUCUCGCGAUACAUCCCGUGAUUCCCGUUGUGAAGGUGUGAACGAUUUUUCGCAGCCAUGGUCGCCGGCGGCAAGAUGAUGAACGUGAGGGUGACGACGAUGGACGCCGAGCUGGAGUUCGCGAUCCAGCAGACGACCACCGGGAAGCAGCUGUUUGACCAGGUCGUCAAGACGAUCGGACUGCGCGAGGUGUGGUUUUUCGGUCUCCAGUACACCGAUAACAAAGGCGACCUUACUUGGAUCAAACUCUACAAGAAGGUGGUUCCGUGCGGUCUUCGAAAAAUCUGUCACGUGAUGAACCAAGAAGUCAAGAAAGAGACACCACUGCAGUUCAAAUUCCGUGCAAAAUUCUAUCCCGAAGACGUCGCCGAGGAACUGAUACAAGACAUUACGCUGCGACUUUUUUAUCUCCAGGUAAAAAACGCUAUCCUUACGGACGAAAUAUACUGCCCACCGGAAACAUCGGUUCUGUUGGCUUCGUAUGCCGUUCAAGCGAGACAUGGAGACUAUCAGAAAGGCAAUCAUCCCGCUGGCUUCUUGGCAAACGAUCGGCUGUUACCACAGCGUGUUGUGGACCAACAUAAAAUGAGCAAGGAGGAAUGGGACAGCUCGAUUACAAAUUGGUGGCAAGAACAUCGUGGUAUGCUGCGAGAAGACGCCAUGAUGGAGUAUCUGAAAAUUGCUCAGGACUUAGAGAUGUAUGGUGUGAAUUACUUUGAAAUUCGCAACAAGAAGGGCACAGACCUUUGGUUGGGUGUGGAUGCUUUAGGUUUGAACAUCUAUGAGAAGGAUGAUAAGCUCACGCCGAAAAUCGGUUUCCCCUGGUCCGAGAUACGGAAUAUCUCGUUCAACGAUAAGAAAUUCAUAAUCAAACCAAUCGACAAGAAGGCACCGGACUUUGUAUUUUUCGCCAACAGAGUCAAGAUUAACAAGAGAAUUCUUGCGCUAUGCAUGGGCAAUCACGAGCUCUACAUGCGCAGACGUAAGCCAGAUACAAUCGACGUGCAGCAGAUGAAGGCUCAAGCCAGAGACGAGAAAAUUGCGAAACAGCAACAGAGAGAAAAAUUGCAACUGGAGAUAGCUGCACGAGAACGUGCAGAGAAAAAACAGCAGGAAUACGAAGAGAGGUUAAGAAAUAUGGCAGAAGAAAUGGAUAGGCGGCAAGCUGAGUUGAACGAAGCUCAGGAAAUGAUUCGACGAUUGGAAGAACAAUUGAAGCAGUUGCAGGCCGCGAAAGAAGAGCUAGAGAAUCGUCAGAAGGAAUUGACGGCAAUGAUGGAAAAAUUGGAACUCUCGCAUGAGAUGGAAGCUGCGGAGCGCGCUAAACUUGAACAGGAGAUAAGAGCCAAGCAAGAGGAAGUGCAACGCAUACAAUCCGAGGUGGAGGCUAAGGACGCAGAAGCUAGGAGAUUACAAGCAGAAUUUGAAGCUGCCAAAUUAAGACAAGAAGAAGCUGACCGGCAGUAUCAGGCUAAUCAGACUCCGCAUCAUCAUCACGUCGAGGAAAACGAAGAGGGCGAAGAAGAGGGUGAAGAUGAGAUUCCUCAAGGAGAUGUCACUAAGGAUCUCGCGACUGACGAGUCAAUAAUCGAUCCUGUCGAGGAACGGCGCACUUUAGCGGAGAGAAACGAACGUCUUCACGAUCAAUUGAAGGCGUUGAAGCAAGAUCUCGCCCAGUCGCGUGACGAAUCCAAGGAGACGGUGAUGGAUAAGAUCCACAGGGAAAACGUGCGCCAGGGCCGCGACAAAUACAAGACACUUCGCGAAAUUCGCAAGGGCAACACCAAACGUCGCGUUGAUCAGUUCGAGAAUAUGUAAAUUAAUGUGCGUGCAUCUAAUCACUUUACUUUAUUCACGUCCUUUCCUACUUUCAAUUUCUCACUUGACUUUGCGAAAGCGGGGAACGCAGUAAAAUGAUAAUGGGAUAAUGAUAGCAAGAAUAAGAGAGAGAAAGAGAGAGGAGAGAAAGCGAUUAAUAGGAGAUAAGACAGGGAGAGAAAUACAGAGAGGUAUAGAUUCUACAAUCGAUGUAUAAAUAGAAUAAUAUGAUUAAUAGCAGAUAUAAUUUCCAUUCAA